GCGGCGCGCUCCUGACUGGUUUUUACAGAAUGGAGCUGGAAGGAAUCAGUGUCAGAGUAGUUACUAAGCCAAGAAGUCGGCAUCGCCGGUGAAAACCGUUCAAUUCUGAAAACCGACCAAUUGAAAUCACAACAUUGCAUGUGCCGAUCGAUUGUAGCAGUUUUCCCGUUGGAUACAGAGGAAAACAUUCUGGAUUUGUGAUAGUGAUUUUAACCAUCAGGGGUUUCCUGACAGACUGAGGGCAGUGAGCUUGGCUGCCCAGCUAAACUACACCAAAGAUGGAGCAGCUGUCAGAUGAAGACCUGGACCACACAGAUGGAGGAGAGGAGGACAGUGAUAAAGAAGAUCAGGAUCUAGACAAGAUGUUUGGAGCCUGGCUGGGAGAGCUGGAUAAACUCACACAGAGUCUGGAUGAUGGGAGACCAGAGACAGCCCAGAAGGCCCCUCAGAAAGCCCCUCUCAGACAGGAGACCAACAUGGCUAACUUCUGCAACCGCUUCUCCCUGUACAACAUCAACGAGGCUUUGAACAAGGGUGGAGAAGGUGUAGACCUGGAUUCCCUGAUGGCAGACCUGUGUUCCAUAGAGCAGGAGCUCAGCACCAUCGGCAAGCCCAAUAGUGGCAAGAACAGGCUGGGUGUGCCAGGCGAUGCCAAGCUGCGGCAGAAACCCCCCGCGGGCCGUGGCACCAAGGGCCAUGGUGGAGCGGGGGGCAGUGGCACCUCCAGCAGUGGGGGCAGUGCCUCUAGUAGUACCCGGGCCUCGCCAGCCUCCACGGUGGCAGCUCGCCGUCCCUUGGCCUCCAACCUGGAUGAUAUCACGGCCCAGCUGGAGCAGGCGUCUCUCAGUAUGGACGAGGCUGGCAGACAGAGCUCCCACUCCCUGGCUAGUGGCUCCACCUCCUCCUCCUCCACCAUGCGGAGGCCCGCCUCCCAUCACCACACCCACCGCAGGACAGGCUCCGUGGGGACGGUCAGCGAACACGCGGUCCGCUCCAUCUCCCAGUCCUCGUGGUCGUCGGUGAACUCUGCGUCGGCCAGCAGCAUGGAUUCCCUGGAUAGUUAUCUCCGGCCCUCGGAGCAGGACGGGGCAACGCCCACACCACAGGGGUCCAAUCAGGGCCCCUCUGGUGGUACAGAGCACUCCUAUCUGGACUGGGAAACCUCUCUGAUUCUGCAAAAUAUAGCAGGGAAGCCCUCUCACUUGCUGACCAAGGAGGAGCAGGUUGCCAAGAAGAAGGCAGAGAAGAUCCGUGUGGCUUUGGAGAAGAUCAAGGAGGCACAGGUUAAAAAGCUGGUGAUCAGAGUGCACCUGUCAGACGAGAGCUCUAAAACCAUGAUGGUGGACGAGAGGCAGACGGUCAGACAGGUUCUGGACAGCUUGUUGGACAAGUCCCACUGUGGCUACAGUCCUGACUGGUCCCUGGUCGAGACCAUCAACGAACUACAGAUGGAACGUAUCUUUGAGGACCAUGAGAACCUGGUGGACAGCCUUCUGAAUUGGACCAGAGACAGCCAGAACAGACUGAUGUUCAUAGAACGCAUCGAGAAGUACGCCCUCUUCAAGAACCCACAGAACUAUUUGUUGGGGCGGAAGGAGACGUGUGAGAUGGCAGACCGGAACAAGGAAGCUCUACUGGAGGAGUGUUUUUGUGGCAGCUCCGUCUCUGUACCUGAGAUGGAGGGAGUACUCUGGCUGAAGGAGGAUGGAAAGAAGAGCUGGAAGAAGAGAUACUUCCUGCUCAGAGCCUCUGGGAUCUACUAUGUACCUAAAGGAAAAGCCAAGGCUUCCAGAGAUCUGGUGUGUUUCCUGCAGCUGGAUCAUGUUAAUGUGUACUACGGACAGGACUACCGCAGCAAGUACAAGGCCCCCACAGACUACUGCCUGGCCCUCAAGCAUCCUCAGAUCCAGAAGAAAUCCCAGUACGUCAAGUACCUGUGUUGUGAUGACGUCAGAACCCUACACCAGUGGAUCAAUGGGAUACGCAUCGCCAAGUAUGGGAAGACCCUGUAUGUGAACUACCAGGAGGCUAUGAAGAGGACUGAGGCAGCCUACGACUGGUCUUCUCUCUCUAGCUCCUCUAUCAAGUCUGGAUCCAGCUCCUCCAGCCUGCCUGAGUCCCAGUCGACCCACUGCAGUAGUGAUAGUGGUGUUGCUGUGUCAGAGAACAACCUGUCAGGCCACAGCCGCUCUCAGAGCCAGGUCAGCUCCAUCUUCUCCGAGGCCUGGAAGAGAGGCACCCAGGAUGAGUUGAGGAUGGAGUCAGUGAGCAGACCCUACCCUCUGACGCUGCCCCCCAUGCACCAGUCAGCCCCCCCAUCCCGAACUAGCUACACCAGUGUCUCCCCUGAAUCCUCGCCCUCUCCCCCCGACCCUCCCCCUCCUCCUCCACCUCCCUCUCCCCAACCCCCUCACCAGGCUGCCCCCACCCUGUUCGUUAAGUACAGCACCAUUGCCCGCCUGCAGGGUGGCGCCAACCAGACUGCCAAUCAUUACAAUGUCCAGCCAAUGGGGCAGCAGCAAGGCCCUCCAGCCCCUCCCCUCCAGUCUGUCAAACCCAACUACAACACCAUGCCAUUGGCUCCCACUCUCCACAACCCUCCCCCUCCUCCUCCCCCUUCCAUGCCUUCUCCAGGCUCAGCCAUGGCCUCUCUGAGACUUGGCCCCCCAGCCCUGUCCUCAGUUCAUCCCCCUCCUCCCCCCAGGCCCAAACCCUGCCCCCCCUCCCCCAGAAGAGGACCACCAGUGCCCCCUCUCAGUAACACCGGGCUGCAGCAGUUCCUGGCCCAAAAGUUCCCCAAUAUGAACUACGACUUCUCCGACUUGGAUGGCCAACCUGUGUCCCCUCCUCCUCCUGCCCUCUCCCCCCAUGUCACCCCUGCACCUCCCAGAACCUUCUCUGGUGUCUUCCCGCCCCAGACUGCUCCUAAGACCUUUGGUCCAGGGAUCCCCUUGUCCCCAGUCUCACCCUCCCCUCCUUCUGGUCCAAUGAAAAAGCAGCAGAGCUUCUCGACAGGCCAUUCACCCAAUCAGCCACCUCCCACCAUGCCCAAACAGCACAGCUUCUCCUCUAAGACCCUCCCCCUGUCCGCCCCAAUCUCCCCGACCCCCUCCCUGGUCAAACAGAUAGUCAACCAGUUCCCCGGAGCCCCCUGCUGCCCCAGUCCCCCCGGCCCCCUCCCUGGUCAAACAGAUAGUCAACCAGUUCCCCGGAGCCCCCUGCCCCCCAGUCCCCCGGCCGUCAAGACCAAACCAAGAUGGCAGCCAGGGGUUCAGAUCCCCCCCAGUCCCCAGAGUUCCCCCUCCUCCCCCUGAGGACAGCCUGGACUUCCCCCUCCUCCCCACUCCGUCCCCACCCCCGCUCCUCCCCCUCUCUCCCCUGCCAAGAUGGGCUCUCCUAUUAAGAAGUCUCCCUCCUCCACCUCAACCGGCUCCUUCGGGAAGAGGGGGCCUCCUCCCACCCCCCAGCGCGCCUCCUCCAUCAAGUCUAACUCCUCAGGGGAAUACCAGGAAGAGGCCCAGGUCCAGAGGCAGCCUAAGAAGGUGGAAUCUCUGGUCAGUAAGUUUGCCCAGCCUGGCCUCGGCUCCUGCAACUCCUCUGCUGCUUCCUCCUCUGGAUCUCCUGCUAAGGACUUGGGGCCUCCUGCUCCUCCUAAACCAGGCAAGCUGAACCUGUCAGCUCUCCCUCUAGUCCUCCAGGGUCUACAGACAGGGCAGCACUGCCAGCCCAGUGGAGACUUCCCCUCUCCUCCUUCAGAGCUCGAUUUCUUCCCCCCACCUCCUCCCGACUCUGAGCUGCUCCAACCGCCCCCCCUCCUCUCUGAGCUCCACCCGGGGGCCCCCAGGGUCGCAGUCGUCAACCCCCAACCGCAGGCCACGCCCAUCUCCCACCCCGUCAGCCAAUCAUCAUGGAAGACCCAGUCUCUGAAGAAGACUCCGCCUCCGACACUGCACAGGCUGUCCCGGAGCAACACGGUCCAAGACCCCUUACCCCUGUCCCCCCCGCCCUUUGCCUGUCCCCUGCCUCCCACCUCCCCCGGGGUACCUAAGGGGGGCGGUACCCUCUCCUCGGUCCAACCCAACUUCCUGGAGGACCUGAACCGGACCUUGAAGAGGAAGUCCAUAACGCGGCACGGCUCCCUCACGCGGCACGGCUCCUCCCGGCUGGAGCCCGUCUCCAUGGACGACAUGGCCCUCCCCCCACCUCCCCCAGAGCUGCUGCUGGACCAGCAGAGGGGGGGGCAGGGCGGGGGCCACGGGUACAUGUCCUCAGGCUAUGCAACGUUACGGCGGGGGCCGCGCCCUGCCCCGCCCAAACGGGACCAAAGCACCAAACUGACGGGAGAGUGGUAGCUAGGAGGUAGCAGGGGCAAGAUGAGGACUAGGGCUGAGCUACCCAGGCUAUAGACCCAAUCAGGCUACAGACUGACUACAGGCUAUAGACCCAAUCAGGCUACAGACUGACUACAGGCUAUAGACUAAAUCAGGCUACAGACUGACUACAGGCUAUAGACUAAAUCAGGCUACAGACUGACUACAGGCUAUAG